UUCGCAAAUCACAGAAUUGUCUAGACAACUUUCGUUUGAAAAGUAUUCAAUUGGUAGGUUAAUUAAACCGAGUUCCGAUGCGUGAUUUGGUGAUAACUGAGUGAUGAGGGGUAGCGUAGAAAUCAAAGAUAAAGAUUCAAUGUCAGUAAGGGGUAGUGAGGAAUGGCAUAGAACGAAAACAGUAGCGUGUAACACGGGCGGAAUUAACAUGGUGGCUCAUAAAAUAGAAUUGCGAAGGCGUAAUAUCGUAAACGCAAUUUGAGUUAGUUUAAAAAUUUGUGAAAUGCUUGUUCAUAAUCUUUAAACAUAGUGAUCAUCAAUAUUUUGUUAUUGGUGAUUAUUCAACUACAAACAAUGUCUGAGAGCGCAGAUAAACGAAACGGCGAAGAACAUGGUCAGCAGCAGCAGAGACAGCAAGAAGACUUUGACUGGAAAUUACCGAUAGCUUUCAACAAACCUAGACACACCGCAACUAUAGAAGGUGUAAAUUGUAUAACACAGACAUGGCGAAUGAAAGAACGGAUGAAAACUGUGAGCGUCGCGCUCGUUUUGUGUCUCAAUGUCGGCGUCGACCCACCAGACAUCGUCAAAACUCAACCCUGCGCUCGCCUCGAAUGUUGGAUUGAUCCACUGUCGAUGAGCCCACAGAAGGCUCUCGAAAUGAUAGGGAAAAAUCUUCAACAGCAAUAUGAGCGCUGGCAGCCCCGUGCGAGAUAUAAACAAAGCCUUGACCCAACAGUUGAAGAAGUCAAGAAGUUGUGCACAUCUUUGCGCCGCAAUGCAAAGGAAGAAAGAGUCCUUUUUCAUUAUAAUGGUCAUGGGGUACCAAAGCCCACAAUCAAUGGCGAAAUAUGGGUAUUUAAUAGGACAUAUACGCAGUACAUUCCUUUGUCUGUGUAUGAUUUGCAAACAUGGAUGGGAGCUCCUUCUAUUUAUGUAUAUGACUGUUCAAAUGCUGGAAUUAUCGUAGAAUCCUUUCAACAGUUUGCUGAUCAGCAUGAGCGAGAAUAUGAGCACGAAAACAAGGCUGUUCAGCAAAACAGAACGGCGGGUGUGUCAAGUGUGUCUGCCCCUUCAUAUAAGAAUUGUAUACAGUUGGCAGCUUGUGCUGCUACGCAAAUACUUCCCAUGAAUCCUGACCUACCUGCAGAUAUAUUUACGUCUUGUCUCACAACUCCCAUCCCAACUGCACUACGCUGGUUCGUAAUGCAAAAUACUUCGAAAUUAGUGCCUAAGGUGUCCUUAGACUUGAUUGACAAAAUACCAGGGCAGCUAACAGAUCGCAGGACGAUGCUAGGUGAACUAAACUGGAUCUUUACGGCCAUAACAGAUACUAUAGCUUGGAAUACGUUGCCCAGAGAUCUAUUCCAAAGAUUAUUUAGGCAAGACUUACUAGUAGCUAGUUUAUUUAGGAACUUUUUACUAGCAGAAAGAAUCCUUCGGUCCUACGAUUGCACACCUGUUUCGUACCCCAAACUGCCACCCACCUAUCAGCAUCCGAUGUGGCAGGCUUGGGAUUUGGCCCUCGAUCUCUGUUUGGCUCAGCUACCAGCAGUCUUGGAAUCCGAGAGUCUUUUUGUCCAUUCACCAUUUUUCGAGGAGCAACUAACUGCUUUCCAAGUGUGGCUAACGCUCGGUUCAAAAUCCCGCAAUCCCCCUGAACAACUGCCAAUCGUCCUACAAGUAUUGCUAAGCCAAGUUCAUAGACUCAGAGCUUUGGAAUUGCUGGGAAGAUUCCUCGAUCUCGGACCAUGGGCCGUUAACCUGGCCCUGAGUGUUGGAAUUUUUCCUUAUGUUUUAAAACUCUUGCAGAGCAAUGCAAGGGAACUACGACCUCUACUAGUUUUUAUAUGGGCAAAAAUUCUUGCCGUCGACAGUACAUGUCAAACAGACCUAGUCCGAGAUCAUGGGCAUAAAUAUUUUCUCUCCGUGCUCCAAGAUCUUUCUAUACCGAGUGAACAUCGAACAUUAGCAGCAUUCGUUUUGGCUAGUAUUGUGAAUAACUACCCUGCCGGACAGGAAGCUGCGCUCAAAGGAAGUCUUGUUUCAAUCUGUCUUGAACAACUGGGUGAUUCGAAUCCACUACUACGGCAAUGGCUGUGCCUAUGCCUGGCCAGAUUAUGGCAUAAUUAUGAUAAAGCAAGGUGGUGCGGUGUCAGGGACAUAGCACAUGAAAAGCUCUAUACGUUGUUACAAGAUCCAGUCCCUGAAGUCAGAGCAGCUGCUGUCUAUGCCUUGGGUACAUUUAUAAACAGCGUGACCAAACGAAGCGAGCACGCAAAUAAUAUCGAUCAAAUCAUCGCCAUGACACUCAUUAACACCGUUAGCCACGACAUGAGUCCUCUUGUUAGAAAGGAAUUAGUCGUUGCUCUACAAUGGAUGGUGCUACAUUUUGAAAAUUCAUUUGUGACUCUGGCCGUGGCUGAAGAGAAUAGUAGGCGAGAUCCUAUGGUCGAAACGCUGUCACCUUUCACAGGUAUGCGUCGCAUUGGUUCCAAGGAUAGAUUAAAGGUGCUUUCACCAAAUAAUACUUAUGGAACAGACACUACAGACUUCAGCCAAGAUCGGAUGAAGAGAGUAUCAUCUUCCUCUUCCAUUAGUAGUCUGGGAAACAACUGGGAAUUUGUAAGAAAACCAUGCGAAUCCAUUGGUCACACCUCUCUUGGAAAUCUCCCGAGCUUAUCCUAUGGAAGUGUAUACAUGAAGCUGUGGCACGGUCUCUGCAGUCUUGAUAGCGAUCCUCAUCCGUCGGUAGCUUCGAUGUCUCAAAAAGUUACAAACCACAUUCGUAAUCAGGUCAAAGAGUCUUCAACCCCAAAAGAAGUAACAGAGACAAAGAUACAGUCUUCCACAUCUCUUCCACCAUCUCCAUCUGGCCGUACCAGUUACUUGAGUAAGGGAGAGUCGCUCCCAACCGUGAAUUCUACUUCAGAUCUGCGGCCUUCGCGUAUGUUGCCGCACGUGAAUCGGCCAAGAAAAACCAUCCCUAAUACGAUCACAGAAGAGCCAGACGAAGUGCUGACCGUUAAAAAUCCACUGACAACAUCCUUAUUUGUCGAGUGGAGUUGCGCUCAGUUUGCGCAACCAGUCAGUCUAGAGAAUGAAACAGAGUCAACGAAUGACGUUGAAAGCAGAGCUCAUCACGAACGAGAAUGGAGAUAUAUACGAAACAAAAAGCAGAGAAGAGACGCAAGAGAGGAGCAGAUGAGGAUUACACGUGGAAGAUUAGAAACCCAGAUCUUUCAUACGCGGAGUCCGCAGCCUCCCGAUGUCCUUGCUUUUCAUCCAUUCGACACGCAUUUGGCUGUUGCUGCACGAGACUGCUUUGGAAUAUGGGAUUGGCACACCGGUACAAGGCUCACUUACUGCGCCAGUCGUGGCAGCAAAUUGUCUCGGGUCUCGGCAUUGGAAUUCAUCAAUUCCCAUGACGUUGCAUUGCUCAUGACAGGCUCGGAUGACGGUUCGGUAAGAAUAUGGAAAAACUACUGCAAUAUGUUGGGUCGUGAUCCUACGCUUCUGACUGCCUGGCAAGCAUUGGCCGAUGUACAACCAGCUUCAAAAAGUCCAAAUGUACACAUUCCAGCUACAGCCGGACUAGUCACCAGCUGGGAACAACGAUCGCUUACGCUAGCUGUUACUGGAGACGUUAGAAUCGUAAGACUUUGGGAUGCUGAAACUGAACUGAAAAAACAAGACAUACCUACGGGUGCGGACUGCUGUGCUACUUGUUUAGAUACUGACGAUUCUGGUGUGUUGAUGGCUUUGGGAUGCGGCGAUGGAUCAGUACGACUUUUUGACCGUCGUCUCCCACCUCAUGAGGCUAGGAUAAUGACAUGGAGAGAACAUACAGCUUGGGUCCUUGGCGCUUAUUUUAGAAAUGGAACUGGAAACGCUCCUCGUCUUAUUACUGGUUCACUAUCUGGAGAUAUUCGAUUCUUUGACUUGCGAAAGAAUUCGUCUGUAAACAUGGUCCAAACUGCCCAAGGAAUUACAGCUAUGGCUGUUCACAGCGUUGCCGACAUUUUCACAUGCGGGUCCAUGAAUCAGUGCAUUAGCGUCUACAAUAUGUCUGGUCAGAAUUUGAAUGCUAUAAAAUUCCAUGAGGGUUUUAUGGGUACGCGUAUCGGUCCAGUUAGCUGUCUACGCUUUCACCCCCACAAAGUAGUGUUGGCCGCAGGGUGCGUUGAUAGUUCUAUAUCAGUUUAUUCUUCAGAGCCACGUAGAUGACUGUCGGAGAUGGAGCUGGUAUAGGGAUAUAUCCAGCAGGCCGUAGAAAUACUUCAUCAUACCCCAUCCCUCUUUACAUUUGAGUGAGGCUGUGUCCUUGUGUAAAUAUAUUAAAUCUCUGAAGCACUUGCAACUGGUUCCUGAUUAUAAAUUUGUAUAUAUCUACUUCAUCGUUUGCUUCUAUAUGUGCACCUGGCAGAGGUCAACUUAUAGUGUCAAAGGAAACGUUGGCAAUAGCUAAGAUCGUAUCAUCGAGCGUUUGCUUCUGAAUUAAUUUUCUUCUGUCAUUUUCCCCCAUUCAUUUUUCUCCCAUCGUUGAGAAUGCUCAUUUCACAACUUGAUACGUAACAAAGCAGUUUUGCUGCUGCUGACAAUUGAUUAGGGCUGCGUGAUAGAAUUUUUCACUUGUAAAGUAGACUUCUGGAAGUCACAAGGCUGGAUUCAUUUUUUUCUUUUUCAAUUUGUAAUAAUAGUGAUUACGAGGCACCGUAGAAUUUCGCCAUUAAACAAAUGCACUCUUUUAAUUUUAAGUUCGUAAUACGUAUUUGCCGGAAUAUGAAAGCUUGACAUAUGUUUUCUACCCUAGAGUACUCGUAUAAUUGAGAAAACGGUAUCCAACGUGUUGCAUUAAAAUUCAGCUCUAAAUUUUUUAAACUAAAAGUCUUGUGUAGCAUAAAAGAGAUUUGAUGUAUUUAUCAUUACGCUUUUCUAUACCAAACUCUUCAUCAAGUAGAAUGGUUCGUAGCUAAAAAUAUAUUUUCACCAUUUGUCUUCAUCUCACCCCAAUUGCGUACCUUCACUUCUGUAAAAAUGAACGGAGUCAAAUCAAGAUUGUGAAAAUUCAAAAACUAGUUCAACUAAUUGAACAUCGUAUCUCUGUGGAGCUUAUAUUUUAUCGUGAUUUAUUAUCUGUUAGAGAAACAGAGCUACCUAUAAAGUUGCAAUAUGGUCAAAGUUAUUUGAAAUCAAAGCUUUAGUUUAUUGUCAUAGCAGUAAGAGUUUAGAAGAGUUGACGCUUGGACUAGUAAUAAUCUUCAAGCGCGUUACUAUACCUAUCUAUAAACGUACAACAAUCACUUGGAUAGUGAUUGGCAUUGACAAAUUCUACAAAUAACAAAAAGUGGCCACAAAAGUUCAUCAAUUGAAUUCUGGUACCACACGUAAUCUUAAGAAAUAACGUUGUAAUUAAAUAAUGCCAUAGCUUCGAUUAGUCAGCAGCUCAGAAAGAUAUAAAAACUGUGAAAUGUAUGAAUGGCUUUUUGCAGUGAUCUUAAAUUUGAUAGUGUCAUUAUAUAAGGUUUAUUAUUAACUUUAAAGGCCUCCGAAGUGCAAAUGUAAAGCAUAUACAUUAAUACCAGUGUGAUUCACAAUUUGUAAAGAUAGUGUAUCGGUGUUUCAAUCCUUUGAAUCAGUGGGGCUGGCCACAAUGCCCUGCAAACGUUUGUAUCAUAAUGGAAUAUUUUUUUGUUAGAGUUUCCUUGACGAGGAAACCUGGAAACUUUUUUGGUAUGUGCAACAAUUUUGGUAUUCGAACAAUUAAUCAAUUUUCUAAUCAGAUUCCGCAGAUUUGAAGUAUGUGGGAUAGUGUCUGCACCGAUUUAUUGCACCAAAGUAUUGUACGUGAUAAGGCGACAACUGGAAUAUUAAAUUCAAAGUAAUUGUUACUAUUUCAUGAAAUGCAAUACUUGCGGAUUUUUCCAUAAUUGUCGCGUCACGUAUCGAGGUAUAUGUAUAACAUUUCCAUGCAAAUUUAGAGCUUGUCUUUUUUGAUAUUAUUAAUAGCUGUAUUCAUCAGGGAGUGAACUUUUCCAAAUUAAAUAUCCAAUCAAGUUGGUAUUUAAAUAAAACACCAAUCAACCACUGCUUCAGCUUGUAAAUAAGAGUAAUAUGUUGCGGAUAUAUUUUCAGAUAGUAAGAACCGGGUGUACUUAAACUAAUUAUUACUCGUACAGAGUCCCGCACUCUGAUAUGUGGUAUUAAUUAUUUGAAACGUUUGUAAUUAUGUAAAGCAUUACGACUUGCAAUAAAUUCACCAACUUCAUUGGAUAUCAUACAAUAUUAAUAAUAAUGAUAACUGUCCAAGCAAAAUUAGCUAUCGCAGCAUCAGUCGGCUACCUAAUACUGUAUUGCCUUUGUAAAUAGUUGCCAAAUAAAACACGAUCAUGUUUCACGAUCUAUUUGCAAUUGAA